GAUGGAUAUUAAUUAAUGAAAGUAAAUGCCUUUACUAUUAAUUACACUUGUCUUCUCUCCUGUCAGUAGCCAUGGGGCCAACUUUCCUGCUUUGUGUGGCUGUCACCCUAUUCAGAGUGGUCAGUGGAUCAUGCCCAGUGGGGCGGGAGUUCAUUACUGCCUUUAUGCCUAACUAUUUGCUGAGCUUCCAAGAUGAUCAGAGUCUUAAACUGGCCAUAACCACACAGGAUUAUCCAGCCAUUGUUCAAAUUCAGGUCAAUGCAAUCGGCUUCUCGACCUCAGUGAAAAUAGAGAAACAGAACACCAAAUGGAUCGGCAUACCUGGUACCGCUGAAAUUGGGGGUCCAGGAGCUUCCACCAAAACAGUGCAGGUCACCUCCAACUCUGACAUCUCGGUGGUGGCCUUCAACUACAAGUUCUCGACUGGAGACAGCAGUGUGGUCUUCCCGACUGACCAGCUGGGUACUGACUAUGUGGCCUUCACCCCUGUAGGGGGUCCAAGCAACAUGCACAAGCUUAUGUCUAUUAUCAACGGCAAAGAGCCCAACAAGAUCACGAUCAUCCCUGCCUCCAACAUUAAUCUCAGUGGCGUGGAUUCCUGGAAACAAAGACAGGCGGUGAUUGUUACCGUGGACCCAUACCAGGUCUACCUCUACCAAAGCUAUACCACUUUCACUGGGACCAGGAGGACAACACUCUAG